GAACGGUAAGUGAUUUUCACUAUAUUUGAGUACAUCUCCUAUUCUUGUUUCUCUACUCGAUUACGAAUUUCUCAUGUUCCAUUUUCUUCAUUAUGGUUGAAGAUAAUCGACUUGAAAAUGGGGAAAAGUCAGAAAAAAUGGUAGCGAGUUUACAAGGGGCCAUCAUUCCUAAAGAAACAUACCAAACACCAAAAGAUUCCAUCGCAGGCAUCACAAACAACCCAGGCACCACAGACACCACAGACACCACAGACAACCCACAUAACCCAGACGACCCAGAAAGAUCUAUAGAACGAAAUCCUAGCCAUGAUCAUUCUACACCCGCUCUUACACCCGCACUCACCCCCCCAUCCUUAUCCUCAUCCGCAUCGUCAAUCGCAGAAGAUCAAGAUGGAACACGCGAUCUCGAAUUAGCACCUGUAAUUUCUGGUCCACCUUAUUCGGCUUUCGGUGUGUGGAAAAAACGAUAUAUCGUAGGAAUGUGUACAUUGGCAGCUUUCAUCUCACCUACAUCCGCCAAUAUCUAUUUCCCAGCUCUCAAUCCACUCGCCGCUGAUCUCGGUGUAUCGAAUACCCUCAUCAAUUUGACCCUUACAUCUUUCAUGAUCUUUCAAGGUCUUGCACCAACAGUCUUUGGAGAUUUAGCAGAUAUGGCUGGAAGAAGACCUACAUAUAUUAUUGCAUUCAUUAUAUACUUGGGUGCAAAUAUUGGGUUGGCAUUACAAAAUAGUUAUGCUGCUUUAUUCAUCUUACGUUGUGUACAAAGUUGUGGAAGUAGUGGUGCUAUUGCUUUAGGAUUUGGUGUUGUGGCUGAUGUAUCAACAAGUGCUGAACGUGGAUCAUAUAUGGGAAUUGUUGGAGCUGGUACCAUGAUGGGACCUGCUUUAGGACCUGUUAUUGGUGGUAUAUUGGCUCAAUUCUUAGGAUGGAGAGCAAUCUUUUGGUUCCUCGUUAUUCUCGCUGCCUUAUUCCUCAUACCAUUUACUCUUACGGUUCCCGAAACUGGUCGUAAUGUUGUUGGUAAUGGAUCUAUUCCCCCUCAAGGUUGGAAUAUGACAGUUAUUGAUUGGUGGAAAUAUCGAAAAGAACAAAAAUCGGAAAAUCAACUUUCUCGUACGGCAACUGCUGAAAGUAGAAAACUUGCACAAGCUGAACUUGCAAGUAAACGACAAUUAAGGUGGCCAAAUCCUUUGAAGACGGUAUACAUUGUCAUGGAGAAAGAUGUUGCCAUGGUAUUAUUUUAUAAUGCUUUAUUAUAUACAGCAUUUUAUGAUGUCACAGCUUCUCUACCUCAACUUUUCAAAGAAAUUUACAACUUUAAUGAUUUACAAAUUGGUUUAUGUUAUAUUCCAUUUGGAAGUGGUUGCGCUUUGGCUAGUAUCAUCAAUGGUAAGAUGUUGGAUCGAAAUUACAAAAAAAUUGCUCGAAAUAUUGGUUUUACUAUUGAUCAUAAGAGGGGUGAUGAUUUGAGACAUUUUCCAAUUGAAAGAGCUAGAUUAGAAAUAAUUUGGCCUCUUUUAAUUAUGGGACUUGCUUGUUAUUUAUGUUAUGGUUGGGUUUUGGAGAAGAAUGCUAAUUUGGCUGCACCACUCAUUCUUCAAUUCUUCUUGGGACUUUUCAUCAAUGGUUCUUUUAACAUUCUUAGUACACUUGUUGUUGAUUUAUAUCCACAAAGUCCUUCUACUGCAACCGCUGCAAAUAAUCUUGUAAGAUGUUUACUUGGUGCUGGUGGAACAGGUAUUAUUACUAUUAUGGUUGAUCAUAUGGGAAGAGGAUGGUGUUUUACAUUCAUUGCUCUUGUAUGUAUUGUUGCAUCUCCAAUGUUAUGGAUUGAAUUGAAGUGGGGACCAAUUUGGAGAGAAGAAAGAAUGGUAAGAAUGGAGAAAGAAGUUGAAGCAAAGAAAGUGAGGGAAGAAGAGGAAGAGAGAGGGAGAAGAGGAGAUGGAGGGGGAGGGGGAGAGGAAGGGGUAGAGGGAGGGGGAGAAAAAGUAUGAGAGGGAGAUGAAGAGAGGGAGAUGGAGAGAGGGAGGGGGAGAAAAAGUAGGAGAGGGAGAUGAAGAGAGGGAGAGAGGAAGAUGGAGAGAGGGAGAGAAAGUAUGAGAGGGAGAUGGAGAGAGGAAGAGAGGAAGAUGAAGAGAGGGAGAGAAAGUAUGAGGGGGAGAAAAAGUAUGAGGCGAAACAGAAAAGACUAAUGCUCAAGUAACAUCAAAUGAUGGAAAGGCGGACGAGAAAGUUUGAUGAUACCUUAUAUGGAUUGGAUGUUCAAUGGUUUUAGCGUUUAUAUUUAGUAUUGAGCGGUUUGAUUUUUAGUACAUACCCAUUUGAAUUUCUACUUGGGAAUAUUUAUAUAUAUUUGUCAGAACAUACUUGGUGGUAUAUUGGGAGGAAAUGCUUGGUGUAUUGAGAGGGAAUGGUGUAUUGAGAGGAAAUGAUUAAUGUUGUGGGGUUUCCA